UGAGUCACUAGUACCCUUAUUGCUCACCACUAAUUGGCCGGCGAAAAAAACUUUGCCUUUAUUUUCCACAUCUUUUUAACCAAUUCGGAGGCCAACGAAUGCAGCCAUGACCAAGCCGACUGGCGCACACUGUUCCCUGGCGCUGCUGGCGCUCCUCGCCGCCCCGUUAGCAGUGCUGAGCGAAGUGGAUAUGCCGGACGAGGGGGAGUACAUGAAGCGGGAGCACUCGCUGGUGCGUCCAUUUCAAGGUGUGGGCGUAAUCCUGCCGCACUGGGACUUCCUGGGCAACACAAUGGUGACCGGCAACUACAUAAGACUGACACCGGACUUGCAGUCCAAGAGCGGCGCCCUUUGGAACUUCUCUCCCGUAAUGGGGCGCAACUGGGAGGUUCAUGUGGGCUUCAAGGUUCAUGGAAAGGGCACCGAGCUCUUUGGCGAUGGCUUCGCAAUUUGGUACACCAAGGACCGCAUGGAAACGGGACCGGUCUUCGGCAGCAAAGACCACUUCUCCGGGCUGGCCAUCAUUCUAGACACAUACAGCAAUCACAAUGGGCCGCAUAACCACCAACAUCCGUAUCUGAGUGCCAUGGUUAACAACGGCAGCUGGAGCUACGAUCAUGAUCGCGAUGGCACACACACCCAGUUGGCCGGCUGCGAAGUUCGAUUCCGCAACGUGGACUAUGAGACGCUCAUCAGCAUUCGAUACGAGAACGAUAUUCUGUCUGUGUCCACAGAUCUUGAGAAUCGGAACGAGUGGAAGAGCUGCUUUGUGGUAGCCAAUGUGGAACUUCCUACUGGCUACUACUUUGGACUGUCUGCUACGACGGGCGAUCUGUCCGACAAUCACGACAUCCACAGCUUCAAGUUCUACGACAUCGAUACGGAUACAACUCAAGAAGAGAUUAUUCGACGCACGAAUAUUAUUCCGAAUGCCAAGACAUUUGAGCCCCCGCGUGAACACAAAGACGAUCCCAAGCCUGGCAUGUCCAACGCAAAGAUCUUCUUCAUCCUCCUCUUCGUUGUAGUUGCAGCGGCGGCGGUGGCCAUCUUCGCCAUUUCCUACUUCAAGGAUCGUAAUGCGCGAAAACGUUUCUAUUAAGGCCGCUCAUCGCCCCAUAAGCUAGUCCAACCAAGCAUCUUGUUAGGAGUUUCCCGGACCUCACAGUUGCUCGCAACAUUUAUUUAUACACACACCGACUGUUUACCAUUCAGCCCUCUUAGUUUCCUUAAUUGUCCUUCCCAAAUGCUAUUUUACGAGAGAUCAGGGUAGACGUAUCACGUGUUGGAGAGUUAAAAUUAAGCGCAAAUUUUUAAUCUGAACUAUAGGAAAAUUGAGACCGUGAGAAUAUUAUUGCAUAGACAAGAUUAAAAAAAGGCACCAAACAAA